GGGUCCUUUGCUCUAGGGUUGCUGAGGCCCCGCAACGUGGCGCAGGCGCAGUGUGCACGACUCACCAUGCCGACUGUCAGCGUGAAGCGAGACCUGCUCUUCCAAGCCCUGGGCCGGACCUACAGGCUGGUGACAUACUAAAGAUGCAUUCUACUGAGGCUAACUCCUCACCCUGGAUCAGGAAACCUAAGACAUCUGGUUCUUCACUAGAAUAUAAUGCUGAUGAAGAAUUUGACGAACUGUGUUUUGAAUUUGGUCUGGAACUUGAUGAAAUUACUUCGGAGAAGCAAAUCAUAAGCAAGGAACAAGGCAAUAUGAAGGCCCAGGGGGCCUCGGACGUUGUGCUUUACAAGAUUGAUGUCCCUGCCAACAGAUAUGAUCUCCUGUGUCUGGAAGGAUUGGCUCGGGGACUCCAAGUCUUCAAAGAAAGGAUAAAAGCUCCAGUAUAUAAACGAGUAAUGCCUAAGGGAGAAAUCCAAAAACUGAUCAUCACAGAAGAGACAGCUAAAGUGCGCCCUUUCGCUGUAGCAGCGGUUCUCCGGAAUAUCAAGUUCACUAAAGACCGAUAUGACAGCUUCAUCGAACUUCAGGAGAAACUACAUCAGAAUAUUUGCAGGAAGAGAGCACUGGUUGCUAUUGGAACUCAUGAUUUGGACACUUUAUCCGGCCCAUUUACUUACACUGCGAAACGUCCUUCAGAUAUAAAAUUCAAGCCUCUGAAUAAGACCAAGGAGUACACAGCUUGUGAAUUGAUGAACAUAUACAAGACUGACAACCACCUUAAACAUUAUUUACAUAUCAUUGAAAGUAAGCCCCUGUAUCCAGUUAUCUAUGACAGCAAUGGUGUGGUCCUGUCGAUGCCUCCGAUCAUAAAUGGCAAUCAUUCAAAAAUAACAGUAAAUACUAGGAAUAUAUUUAUCGAAUGCACAGGGACUGACUUCACUAAGGCAAAGAUCGUGCUUGACAUUAUUGUCGCCAUGUUCAGUGAACACUGUGAAAAUCAGUUUACAGUUGAAGCAGUUGAAGUCGUUUCUCCUAAUGGAAAAUCAAAUACCUUUCCAGAGCUGCCUUACAGAAAGGAGAUGGUGAGAGCUGAUUUAAUUAACAAGAAAGUUGGAAUCAGAGAAACUCCAGCGAAUCUUGCCAAGCUCCUGACGAGGAUGUGUCUGAAGUCAGAAGUCAUAGGUGACGGCAAUCAGAUUGAGGUCGAAGUUCCUCCUACCAGAGCAGAUGUCAUCCAUGCAUGUGACAUUGUGGAGGACGCAGCUAUUGCUUAUGGCUAUAACAACAUUCAGAUGACUCUGCCAAAAACAUACACCAUAGCUAAUCAAUUUCCUCUCAACAAGCUCACAGAGCUCCUCAGACUCGACAUGGCUGCCGCUGGCUUCACUGAAGCGCUGACUUUUGCUCUGUGCUCCCAAGAAGACAUUGCUGAUAAACUUGGCUUGGAUAUCUCUGCAACAAAGGCAGUCCACAUAAGUAAUCCCAAAACCGCUGAGUUCCAGGUGGCGCGCACUACCCUUCUUCCUGGCCUUCUGAAGACCAUUGCAGCAAACCGGAAGAUGCCCCUUCCUCUCAAACUGUUUGAAAUCUCUGACAUUGUAGUAAAAGAUCCUAGCAAAGAUGUAGGGGCGAAAAACUACAGGCAUCUCUGUGCUGUUUAUUACAACAAGAAUCCUGGGUUUGAGAUCAUCCAUGGCUUGCUGGACAGAAUCAUGCAGCUGCUCGACGUGCCUCCCGGUGAGGAGAGCGGUGGCUAUGUGAUUAAAGCAUCUGCAGGUUCUGCAUUCUUCCCUGGACGGUGUGCUGAGAUCUUUGUCGGGAGUCAAAGCAUUGGGAAGCUAGGUGUCCUUCAUCCGGAUGUUAUCACCAAAUUUGAGCUGACCAUGCCCUGUUCCUCUCUGGAAAUCAAUAUUGAGCCCUUUUUGUGAAGUUGGCCUCUGUGGCGUGACUCUGUCUCUAAGUGUCCCUUUCUGCUCCUGUGGUGUCCUUCAGGCCUCUCGUAUAGGGCGCAUCCAUUUGUGCGAUUAAUAAAGUGAAAUGUGCUGUCUGGCCCUUGCGUAGCUGCAUUAGGCCAGCUUGUGCAACAGCCAGUGUGAUCUGGACGGCAGGGUGGGUUCUGGAAGUGGAAGUUUUGCUUGGCCUUCAGAGUGUUAGUUACUUACGACUCCUCCUGAAUAGAAAAGCCUUUUCUAUACCUGAUAUGUAUUAAUCAAUAAAAUCAGUACUUCAGGAAAAAUUUUAAGAAUCAGUA